AGGGGAGUCGGAGGACGCUCUUGCGCAUGCGCGAUGUACGACUAGACUUCGCGCGAAAAAAAAAAAAGUUAAAACGGAAAAAGAAAAAAAAAAUAAUGAUGACGUCCAGUGGUUGAGCGUGACUUUUCCACGCGGUGAGUGACAUUAGAACAACACACACUCGAAUACCGUGUGCGUCAAACGAGUUGUGUGGCUCAGAGGCGACCGACUAGCAGGCUAGCUGUGUUGACUUUAGUUAGCAUUAGCAGCGGGGACCUCGAGCUAACAGCCCCGCAGUGGCGCUGAACUGAAGAGGGAUGAACCAGGAGCUUUGAGUCCAGCUCGUUUGAAAUACUUUAGGUCAGACGCCGCGUACAACAGUUUUCCCUCAAGGUCAGUCUGAAGACAGCAGAGGUCAACGGGCAGCGAAGCUCCUCCUCCUAAAAGAAGAAUGGCACCGGGUCAGGACUCACAGUUGGAGAGAGUCAUUGAACAGGUAACAAAGAGUGGGGAUGUUCACGCUCUGGAUGUGUUCCUGCAAAGGGACGUACACGAAGGGACCUCCCUGAAGUGUUCCCAACAGUUUCUCACCAAAUUGGAUAAACUUGUCUGCAGGUGCUUGGAUCAAAAGGAUUCCAAAUCAGCCAGUUCGGUUCUCGCUAUCAUUGCAAAAUGUGGGGAAAACCUGAAACUACCUGGUGGUGGCCAAGGGCUGUCAGGAGUAAUAGGUCAAGGCCUGGUCAAAAAGAUGGUGCAGUGGUUUGAGAAAUGCAGGCAACUGUGGGUCCAGUGUGGUCCGCAGUGGGACGAGACCUUGUUCAACCUUUCUGAGGACUUCUUUGAUGUGCUAAUGGCUGUUCAUGAAUCAUCUAAAGAGGGAACAUACAAAAUCACAGAGUCCUUCUUGAAUCCUCUUGUACAAUUGGGAUUGGACCAAAGAAUCUACAUCCUGAUCCAGAAGGAGGCAAUUCGUAAAUUGAAUCUAAUUCUGGACAAAAUUCCAGUGGAGCUUAAGAAAGAGAGGAAGAUCCUGACAUCACAAGAGGACGCAAAUAUCAUGGUCAAGCUGGCUGGCCGGAUAUUGGAGGGUGGUGAUUACGACUUGCAGGCUGCCUUGAUGGAGGCCUUGUGCAGAAUGGCCACCCCUGCCCAGAGGAAGGCACUGGCUGAUCGAUGGUUCAGCAUGGAGCAUGUGGCCAAUGCCUUUGCCAAGAUCUGUGAUUCCGAGUUCGAGACGGAUUGUCGAAAGUUUCUGAACUUGGUGAAUGGGAUGCAGGGAGACAGGAGAAGGGUUUAUUCCUACCCUUGUUUGGAAGCUUAUCUGGAUAAGUUUGAGCUGCUGAUGCCCGCUGAUGAGAAGCUGGAGGAAUUCUGGAUUGACUUCAACCUUGGCAGCCACAGCAUCUCCUUUUACUUCUCUUUGGCUGAUGAAGAGAGACAGGAGGGCCAGUGGGAAACGAUAUGCAUCAAUGACAAUGAAGUCCAAAGCUACACUGUUACAGAGGAGGGCAAGAGGAAGGUCUUACAGUUAAAACUGUCAGAGAUGGUGGUUGUCAGUGCGGUUCAAGGAUCAAGUCUUACCAUCCACUUCAGCUCGUCCCUGGACAUCCUUCAGGCUGCUCGCAGCCUCUAUGGACACAACAAACACAAAAGCUUUGUGGGGAAGAAGGGCACAUCUGUGGUGAAGACUACUGUGAAAAUCAUGAUGGAAGAGAACAGCUCCCAGGUUGUUCCCGAGAGCCAGGUGUCCCUUGGUGAGAAUGCGAAAAACACUGCCCCCUAUCUUCUACCAGCCCCUACUGCACCUGUACAGAUCGUGACGCCAGACAAGAUUAGGAUUUCCGAGUCCACCACCUUCAUCAACAACAGUGCAGGAGGAAGUGUGCACAGUGCCAGGUCUCUCUCUGCUGCCACACCAUCAAACACUCUAUCCAAGAGUAAAGGGAAGCUGUCUCUGGUGACAGUUGGUUCAUGUGAUAGGCAAGGUGAAUUUUACCUGGGAGAACUCAGGACGAGUGCUAAGACCUGCAGUCACAUCACAACACCCAGCAGCACAACAGCAGGUGGCAUUGUAGAGCAGAAAAAAACAGUAGACAAAGUUCUGGCUGGAGAGGGAGAAGAGCAGUCUCUGGACAAUAGUUUUGUGCCUGACACUCAGCCCAGACCUGCGACAAACCUAUCUUCUAACUGGAGUAAACUGUCAGUUUCUGAAUUACUACUGAUGCCCACACAGAAAAGAAAUACUCUGCAAAGACCUGAGCCACAGUCAAGUUUGUCACACCAGCAGGAGCGCUCGUCCUCAGCACUGAGAUUGUCAGUUCCUGACUCAGGCCCAAUCAGCCAAAAGCAGCUCCAUAGCAAACUCACCCAGCGCCUGCAGCUGCUCCUCAAGGAGAAAAAACAAGAAAUGGCACAUCAGGAGCCAGCUACGCCCCAGAGAAGAAUGUCCGAUAACAGAGGUUAUUCUAAAAGCAGAGGAACGGCAGACCAGUGCUCUUCCACUUUGUGUUCUCUCAAAGUGCAGCAGGCCCAGAGAAAUGGUCCAGGCAGCGGGAAGACCAAAGGCCAGACGCCACUGGAAGCAUAUGCUGCUCCAAAUGAAGCUCCAGUCAAGGCCCCUGCAACUAAAUCUCUGCAGGAGAGAAUACCAGCUAAUGCUAAUGCUGAAACUAAGAGGGCUCUGUCAAGCAAAGAGAAGAGAGAUGCAAAGGUUGCAGAAAGCAUGGUGAAGCUCAUCUCUAGCCGUUAUGAGAUUAACUCCCAAUCCACAGCAAAAAAUACUGCAGAAAUGAUUUGUCAGAGCUGGAUUCCUCCUAUUAUUAACAGGUCGAUGUUCAAUAUGAGCUGGUCAUCAACUGCUAAAAAAGACGUAUCUGGAGCUGUAAGCCUCAUGAAAUCCCACAGUAAAAAAACCCAAAACUCUUCGAGAAAGGAUGUAUUUGAUUUUAGCGUUGACAAACCGUUGGCUAUUGGGCAAAAGGACAGAUCUCUCACUAACACUUCUGCCACAUCGAUCAGAGGCAUCAAUGACUCCUCGGUAUCCCACAGCACAUCCAAAAAAGGACCACCUUUGACAAAAGAGAAGCGGUAUGUGAAAAAGCAUUUGUUCAGUGACACAGAUACAGACUACGCCAUGACGGAGGCCAGCUGGCUGAGGGAGUCAAGCAGGAAACCUAAACCCAAAGUUACCACAUAUUCGAGGCAGGCACCCGUCAAGCCUAAAGCGUUGUCACCUCGUACUUCAUGUGAAUCCUUAGAUUUGCCACCUCCCUCCCCAAAACCUGUAAAGGGUAAUGCCAAACCCAAUAAAAAGCACAAUGCGAAGGAGGGAGCGGAGAAGGGAAAGAAGACAAUGAAAUCCGCAGCAGCAGCCCCCAACAGACCACAUGCAGCGGGCAGGAGGCCCAGGAGAGCUGCAGCCACCUUGACCAAGAGCUACAGGGAGCCAGAUACUGAUGACAGCCAGUCAGAAUCGGAGAAGCCUCCCGUUACUAAGAACUCCUCGUCUGAUCGUCUGGCUGAGAAAACUGAGAAAACUCAUGUGGCUGCUCACGUGAUGGAGAGAAUUUCUGCGAGCAAAAUAAGAACCAAAAGGUUUAUGAAGCUAGAGAGAAGCAGUCGUAGCAACCAGUUGGAGUCAGUUUCAUCCACUUCCAAGGGGCAGAGACCUGAGGAUGUUUUUCAAGAAACUUUGAAGAUAAAUAAGAAAACUAUUGUGCCUUUCCCAGACCAGAUGAAGGCAUUGAAGGAGUCCUUGACUGUUCGCCAGACCUCAUUCUGUCCAUCCCCUCCUUUCAUUGAGAGGAUGAGAUCUGCCGAGAGGUCAGCCCCAACCCUGGGUUUGACCUGCUCCCCUCUCCCCACCCCGCGGGGAUCCCCACUCCCUGCCUCCCCUGACCCUGCUUUUCAGGACACCCCCUCGCCAAUCCUGCUGCUACCCAAACCUCGCUCUACAGUUGGCAGUAAAGGAAAUGUCAAGCCCCCCUCUUACUACAGUGCAGAAAAGAAGUUCAGCACAUCCAAGACAAAUUCCAUCCAUUCUGGCGCCUCUCUCCCUUCACUGGGACGUCAGAGCCAUGCACCCGACCCUCCCAUUGGUGCUAGUGCAGCAGAGAUAAGUCCAAAUCAAGAGUGUCUGUCCCCGGCACCUGAGUCUCCUCUGUCUCUGUCCGCUCAGCCCCUGUUGACCUCCACAUUCUUUGAGCCGGACAAGCCAUCCAUGCCCUCUCUUCCUCAGUCACCUUUCGUUGAAGACACAGACAACCACGGCAGCUUUUAUGGGUUUAGUAAAGUGUCUUCAGUAUCCGUGGUUUCACUGAGCCAAUUGUCCAGUAAGUCAUCAGGACUCACAGGCAGAGUCAAGGAAAGCCCCAGUGCUGCUGUGUUUCAUAAAACAGAGAAAACACCUUCUUCAGACCGAGAUUUAAAGUCUGCACAGCGUCAUAUUUCAGGACCCAGUCGCAAACGCCACAUCUCCUCACCCAGUUAUUCUGAGGAAGAUGAGGAGUGGAUGAAGAAAAGCAAGAUGAGAGGGACCUUUUCUCCGCGGCUGAAGCCAAAGAAGUUGUUCAAGUCUUUCACUGAGGUGUCUGCUGAUGGUGAGGUGAGCCAGGUCGUGUCCUCUUCCCACAUGGUGAGCUCCAGUCAUUGGGAAGCUGAAGUGGGGGUUGGAGACAUGGAUGAGGAUGAGGAUGAAGAGUUGCCUGGAAUUGCUGUAAACCCAAAUAAUAUGUGCCAGCAAUUCAGCUCUGAGCUAAAGAAGAAGUUCCAGAACCGUUACAAGAUGAUGGAGGUUUACAACAAGCAGUCUCUGAAGACCGUCCAGCAACACGUCUCCUCCCUUAACAUGCAGGUCACCAAAUACAGAACUCAGAGGCUGGAGCAAGUUCAGAACGUCCUCUUGGAAGAGAUCCACAAAUUGGAGCAGGGCGACAGUAUGCUGAAAAGCAUGGAGAAAGACCUGACUAGUUACUGGAAAAAGCAGGCUGUGGCGUUCCAUUCUUACCAGGAGCAGGAAACCAGGAGAAACGACACCCUGAAGAAAGCCCUGCAGAGCAACACGUGUCACAGCUUGGAGUACGAGCAGAGAAUAUUCACCUCCCAGAUGUGCCUGAUAAGAAAGGACAUGAAGUCAGUUCAGGACAGACUCCUGAGUGAGAUGCAGGAGGGGGAGAUCCAGAGUGUGAAGAAAGGUCUGCAUGCGUUGUUCUUCCCUGAUGCAGCCAGGUUUUGAGUUGAGCAAAUGUCCCCGUCAGGUCUCUACGCUAUUUACAAGGCUGUGUGUUACACAACACAGUGUGAAUUGUGUUGUGUGGUGACGUGUUUGACCGAGGGGUCGAUUUCUCCAGGUUCUGCUUUUAUUGUUUGUUAAUGAAUUUGGUGGACCUGGACGUGUUGUUGCUAUAUGAUUGUUUCAAUGUUAUUUUGAUACAUUCAAUCAUUUUUUAAGUGUUCUUUGAAAGUAAGCCCAAGCUUUUUUUUUGAUGUCUUUCAUUUUUUAUUUAUUCCUGUAGGUUAGUUAUGUGCUGAAAAUGUCAUUGUAAGUGUUAAUGAUUGUUUUUAAAUGCCUCAACCUGAGUCUUAAUUGAAAAUAAAAGUUGUUUAAAAAGCAGAGAA